UCGCCUCUUCCAGGACGGCAGCAGCGGCCAGCGCACACCGCACACCGCACACCCCAGCUACCCCAACUCUCAGCAGCAGGCAUCGCAGCAGCUGGUGGGCACGCGACGAAGGCAAUGGCGCCGGUGAAGGUGUUCGGGCCGGCGAGGUCGACGAACGUGGCGCGGGUGCUGGUGUGCCUGGAGGAGGUGGGCGCCGAGUACGAGGUCGUCAACAUCAACCUCCAGGCCAAAGAGCACAAGGGCCCUGAGCACCUUGCCAGAAACCCGUUCGGCCAGAUCCCGGCGUUCCAGGACAGUGAUGUCGUGCUCUUCGAGUCCCGAGCGAUCUGCAAGUACGUGCUCCGCAAGUACAAGUCAGCCGAGGCCGAUGACCUCCUGCGCGAAGGCAACCUCAGGGAGGCGGCCAUGGUGGACGUGUGGACGGAGGUGGAGGCGCACCAGUACAACCCGGCGCUGUCGCCCGUGGUGUACGAGUGCCUCAUCGCCCCGGCCAUGCGCGGCGUCCCCACCAACCAGAAGGUGGUGGACGAGAGCCUGGGGAAGCUCCGCAAGGUGCUCGAGGUGUACGAGGCGCGCCUGGCCGCGAGCAAGUACCUCGCCGGGGACUUCCUCAGCUUCGCGGACCUCAACCACUUCCCCCACACCUUCUACUUCAUGGUGACGCCGCACGCGCCGCUCUUCGACUCGUACCCGCACGUCAAGGCCUGGUGGGAGAGGCUCAUGGUGAGGCCGUCCUUGAAGAAGCUCGGCGCCACCAUGGCUGCGGCUUCCGGCGCCAACAAGCCUUGAUCGCACAGGACCUUGCGCUUAAUGCCGAUUCAACUUAUGUAUUGCUCAACUCAUCAAUAAUGUAUAUGCGGCGGCUUUGUGUGCACCUGGUUUGUCGUUGAAUAAAAUUGUAGUUUGGUUAUUGUUGCACGCUAGUGUAGUCCUGGCAAGUUGCGCCUUGUACACCUCCACGCAGACUUCAUCCUAGCUGUUGUUCAUCGUGAGUAUGGAUGACAAAUGCUGUCACGACCCAAAGUUUAGAAACAUGCUUAACAAAUAAUCAA